AUCUCUCUUCCACUCUUUCAUAUUUCUCGACUUUGGGGCUUUUGGCGGAUGUGCUGACUAUGUCAGAAACUCAAACAUACCCUGCAUUGCAUCUCACAAGUCCAGACCGCAUCCAACUUCUGCCUGGCGCUGGCUCCCACGACUGGUCGUCGGAAGCAGGAGGAGUGGAGGUCUCCCAGCUCGUCCGACUGGCGUCGCAACACCAUGCAAGUGAGUACAGCCGCCUCAAAUUCGGGCCAAAAGGAUGUCCUGUUGCAUACGUGCCAUUCUCCGUUCAGAUGCCGGAGCGCGUGAAGCAGCUGCAGGCACACCAAGCGCGAUAUGCAACCCGCCAAGUCUGGUGGCUAUGCGAGAAAAGGGCGACUGUGUCUACAAUGAUAGCGGACGAUGCACCCGGGUCCCAGGCCCAACCGCGUCUAAGCUAUCCGUCGUCAAAUCCGGACAUACAACAGGAGCUUCGUGCUGCAAUAUCCUCAAGGCUCGUUCCGCCGUACGGCUGGCCCACGGCAUAUCUAGACCAGUCGUCUGUCAAGACGUCAUGCUCGCAUCCCAUAAAUCUGUCAUCCAUAAUACCGCUCGAACUGUUAGGGAUAAUAUCUCCGCACCUCUCACGGAACGAUGAUCACUCGCCCGUGAUGUUCGACUUGCCGCUUACACAUUUUCUGGACCGCAUCGUUAGCCAAUCUCCCGUUCUCCCGACCAGCGUCACGUCUACCUCCCUCAGUCGCUCAUACCCAUGUCCUUCCAAUAUGACAGAGCAGCCGCUGUUUGCGCGCUCCCCCGUACACUCUUCGAGCCGUUCGGUACGGCUCACCCACUUGUUGUUGAACAAUCCCACGUUGCGACGAGCCCUGCAACUGACUGCUAGUUCCCAUGGGAAGCAUUGCAAGCCUGUGUCCACGACUGCGCAACCCACAACCCUCCCAGCGAAGGUGGAUGAAAAAACAGUUCCGUCGCGCACGUGUCUUCACGAAGAGAUAGCAUCCGCACAAGAUGCCCUACGAAGAUCACAUUCCACUUCUUCCGUGUUGACGCAGUCAAGGCCAGACAAGACUGGAGGGAUCGGCUGCCCUGCGGCCGGCGAAGUCAGGCUUGAUACCUCUCCGCAACACAGACGAUCCAGUUCAUUCUCUACUCUCAGGGUACCGCUGGACAUGCCGCUAUUGCCCGCCUUGUCCGAUGAGCGCCCCCCUCUUCCUGCUUUGGCGCCGCAGCCAUGGUUGUUAGGGAACCUAUACCUUUCGUCUUGUCCAGGCAAGAAAGUGAGGUUGAGUGGCCCCGUGAAAGGCAAGUGCGGUGUGUGUAGGGAUUUGCGGAUGGACUUGCAGCGUAUUAAGGAUUUUGGCAUUGCCUGCACCGUGUGCUGCCUUGACGACGAAGAGUUAAAAUUGCUCGGGGUUCCUUGGGCAGAUUAUUCUGCUAUCGCCGACGAAGUUGGACUUGACGUCCUGCGGAUCCCGACUCCGGAAGGCCUGACCCCCAGCUCCGUCUCUGAUUUCGACGCCCAAUUGACAAAGCUGAUCCGGUCUUACACUGUCAAUGGUCUCAACGUGCUUGUGCAUUGCCGUGGAGGCGUUGGUCGCGCCGGCCUUGUCGCUUGCUGCUGGAUGUUGAAACUCGGGCUAUGCGGCGGGACCGAAUUCGCGGCGUCUACCACGCCUGAAGAUCUGCCUACCAUGGAGGCUCGAGCGGCGGAGACAACACUACCUGUCAAAAAAGAGACGAUGCAGCUCAUCGAACGCGUCAUUACUGUCGUAAGGCGGCGAAGGAGUCCCAAGGCCGUAGAGACAUACGAGCAAGUCCGCUUCCUGGUGGACUUUGUGGAAUAUCAGCAAAGAACCAUGCGGGUUGGCAGUGCCUUGGGUUCGCGGCAGGACUUGACGAGAGACGUGGACUAAGCGGGCUGCAGUUCAUGUUGGGUCCUUCGUUCGGCUGGAGAGAAGUUCAGGCGUCAUUCGAGUCUCGCACUUCUGUCGAUAUAGCAUAUAGAUAAUGUUGUUCACCGUCGUCAUGACCACUCACAGCGUAGAUACCAUAAUAGGAAACGGCGAGA